CUGGGUGGAAGUGCAGGGACACCUUCAUGCUGGGAGCUGGGGGCUCCUGCUCCUCAGGGCUCGGGUUUCUCGCUGAGUGCCCGCAGAGUGCCCGCAGCGUGCCCGCAGCCGCCCAUGGCACACACCGGGACCGCCGCGCCGCCGGCGCCCCUGGGCUCCCCCUACUGCGUCUGCAGGGUCGAGCUGUCCGUCUGCGGCCAGAACCUCCUGGACAGGGACGUCACCUCCAAAUCCGACCCCUUCUGCGUCCUCUUCAUGGAAGUCAAUGGCAAGUGGGUGGAGCUCGACAGGACAGAGACAGCUGUAAACAACCUCAACCCAGCUUUUGCCAGGAAGUUCAUUGUUGACUACCACUUUGAAGAAGUGCAGAAGCUGAAGUUUGCCCUGUUUGACCAGGACAAGUCAAGCACACAGCUGUAUGAGCAUGACUUCCUUGGGGAGUUCUCCUGCACACUGGGCAUGAUUGUCUCCAGCAAGAAAAUAACACGGACUCUGCUGCUGGGGAAUGGCAAACCAGCUGGGAAAGGGAUGAUAACGAUAGCUGCCCAAGAGCUCUCAGAUAACAGGGUGAUUACUCUGAGCAUGGCUGGCAGAAAACUGGACAAAAAGGACCUGUUUGGAAAGUCAGAUCCCUUCUUGGAGUUUUAUAAACCAGGUGAUGAUGGGAAGUGGAUGCUGGUCCACAGGACAGAGGUGAUCAAGUACACGCUGGACCCUGUCUGGAAGCCAUUCACUGUGCCUUUGGUGUCCCUGUGUGAUGGGGAUGUGGAGAAGCUCAUCAAGGUGAUCUGUUAUGACUAUGACAGUGAUGGGGGACAUGACUUCAUUGGGGAGCUGCAGACCUCGGUGGCCAAGAUGUGUGAAGCCCAAGAUGCCUCUCCACUGGAGCUCGAGUGCAUUAACCCCAAAAAGCAGAAGAAGAAGAAGAAUUACAAGAACUCUGGGAUCAUCAUUGUCAAGUCUUGCAAAAUAACCAGAGAUUUCUCCUUCCUGGACUACAUCCUGGGAGGCUGCCAGCUGAUGUUUACUGUUGGAAUCGACUUCACAGCCUCCAACGGGAACCCCCGAGACCCCUCCUCGCUGCACUACAUCAACCCCAUGGGCACCAAUGAGUACCUGUCAGCCAUCUGGGCUGUGGGGCAGAUCAUCCAGGACUAUGACUCAGACAAGAUGUUUCCUGCCCUGGGAUUCGGUGCCCAGCUCCCACCGGACUGGAAGGUAUCCCACGAGUUUGCCAUCAACUUCAAUCCCACCAACCCCUUCUGUUCAGGUGUGGAGGGCAUUGUGCAGGCUUACUCAGCCUGUCUGCCCCACAUUCGCUUCUAUGGACCCACCAACUUCUCCCCCAUCGUCAACCACGUCGCUCGCUUCGCCGCCCAGGCCACGCAGCAGGAGGCUGCAGCCCAAUACUUCAUCCUCCUCAUCAUCACGGACGGCGUGAUCAGCGACAUGGACGAGACGAGACACGCCGUGGUGCAGGCGUCCAGGCUGCCCAUGUCCAUCAUCAUCGUGGGCGUGGGCAACGCCGACUUCGCUGCCAUGGAGUUCCUGGACGGCGACGGCCGGGCGCUGCGCUCGCACUCGGGCGAGGAGGCGCUGCGGGACAUCGUCCAGUUCGUGCCCUUCCGGGACUUCCGACACGCCCCCAAGGAGACCCUGGCCAAGGCUGUGCUGGCAGAGCUGCCCCAGCAAGUGGUGCAGUACUUCAAGCAGCGGAACCUGCCGCCCAUCAACUCGGAGCCCGCCUAGAGCCGUGCCAGGCUGUGCCAGGCCGUGCCCUCUGCAUGUGUGUCCUGCCCCACAUUUUCCUCCCCCUUUUCUGACAGUCCCCUCCCCUCCCAAACACUUUGUACUUUGUAAUUUAACUGCCAGUUCCCCCAGCCUGUCCCAGAGGAGCGCUGGGGCCGGGCUGGGCCGGGGGCCCUGGGCUGUCCCCUCCCUCCCUUUGCAGUAUUGAAUGUACUUUGUAUCACUUCAGUGGCACAGGAGACAAUUUUUACAGUCAGAAACUUGCUUUUUCCAAGCAAACUCUUCAUCUGUUACCCUCAUCCUCCAAUGAACUGGUCACUGGCCAGUCCCUGGAGCCGUGGCGUGCUGGUGUGUGUCCCGCUCUCUGGUCACUUUUAUACUGUGGACAUGUUUGAUUUGUUAUACUCAGGUUAAUAAAGAAAC